AUGGUUUGCGAAAGUGAUAAAUUCUCCCAAUGCAACUCCACAGUACUCCUAGCCACGACUCUUAUCAAGGUUAAGUCUCCCUCCGGACACACACAUAUCCUCCGAGGUUUGAUUGAUUCAGCUUCUCAAUGCUCCUUCAUCUCUGAACGUGCAGCCCAGCUAUUGAACGUGGUCCGAAGUAAGUCAGUAAUUCCUAUUGAUGGCAUCUCUGGCCUUAGUACCAAGACUAAAGGUGUAACUAAUGUGGAUUUAGAAACUCUAAGCAGUAAACCCGUAGCUCAGAAUCAUACUGUAGUUAUUCUUGACAAAAUUACUUCACCACUCCCUAGAUCACAAGUACAUCCUGAUGUAAUUGAGCAUGUUAGAAAAUAUAGCCUAGCAGAUCCCUCAUUUAAUGUUACUGGACCCAUUGAUAUUCUCCUAGGAUGUGAACUUUUUGCCAACAUUUUCACUGGCGAGAUACACACCAUUGGUAAUAAUUUACCAAAAGUUAUAGGUACAGUAUUUGGUUUUACAAUUAUGGGUAAAACACCUUGCCUCGGUGAAAACCACCCAACCAACCACUUGUCAACCUUCUUAACAAUAAGUGAUUUCGAUCUGCACAGCUCUCUACAGCGAUUUUGGCAGCUAGAAGAACCUCCGCAGCAUUCAAAGCUUUCUGACGACGACUCUUACUGUGUCAAUCAUUUGGUAAGACUCAUUCCCGUGAUCCUGAUGGACGUUAUGUAG